UUCUUAUCCUCUUGGAUGGGGAAGUAUCUUGCAAAUCUCUUUGGAGAAAAAGAGAAAAAGCAAAAACGAAAGAACAUAGCUGUUAUAAAACUCUUUGUUAACCAUGUGUGGCAAGUUGGAGAUGAUGUUAAUGGUGACCAACCAUUGCAGCACAGAGUCACCCUUCAGAAUGUGGAUAGCACUGAGACAAUUAACAUCACUUCUCCCGAUGGCCAAAGCUAUGGUCAGAACUGGAGUUUUCUUAGAUCAUCAGGUGCAUGGAGUUCUAAACAUCAUAGGGUGGGGAACACUACUACCAAUUGGAGUAAUAAUAGCUCGGUUGGGCUAUUGGUCUUAGUCUUGGAAGAUCUUCAGAGUAUUACACCUUCCACACUCAUCGAACCUUUGGCAUUCUCAUUUUCACAUUUAGCACAAUCCAAAUCGUUGUCAUUUCGGUUAAAGCCGAAGAUUACUGAUGAUUAUAGAAAAUACUGGAAUAUGUACCAUCAUUUUCUUGGCUAUGGACUACUUGCAAUCAUAGUCAUAAACAUAUUCAAAGGGAUUUCAAUGUUGAAAGGAGGAGUUGGAUGGAAAUGGGCAUACAUUGGAAUCAUUGCGUUUUUGGGUGCCAUUAUACUCACUUUUGAGAUUGUCACAUGGCUACGUUUCAUGUUGAAGCUACCAGCAAUCUCAAUUCCACCAAAAGAAAACAAGACUAAUAAUAAUCCCACACAAAACAAACAUUAGCCAUGCAUGUACACAAGAGGCUGCAAAAAUCUUGCUUUCAUAAUGUGUUCUUUUUUUCUUUUUGCCCAUUUUACAAUUGAAAUUAGAAGUUGUUUUUUUGUUCUUCUUAUUAUUUUUGGGUUUUGUGGAAAAUAAGGAAGCAUUACCCUGA